UUGUGUUGCACCAUGUAUUCCACAUGGUCCUGCUUUCACCCCAGUGACCCAGGGUACACAUUGGUCAAUGUUGGCUGUGGUUGGAUCUUGAGUACACAUGAUGGACUAAUUGGACCAAAGAGGCAAGUCCUGCUUUCAUCCAGUUUUUGUUUUGUUUCUGGAAUUCUAGGCAAGAAAAGCAUCUCUUCUCUUGAAGCCAUCCAACCCAGUUUACUUCUGAAGCAAGAGAAAUAGUAAAAGCAGACACUGGUCUUGGCUGGCUUUUGUCUCUGGCACAUACCCCUGGAGACCAGUUUUGCUACCCAUCUUCCUGGACACUGCUUCCAUGAGAUGAGAAGCUUUGCUCCAUCACAUGCUCCACACCUUCAAGUUCUGCCUGGCCACUGGCCCAGAAAUGGACGACAAACCAUGGACUCUCACACAGUAAACAAAAAAUAAGAAUUUUCUCCUUUAGGAAGAUUUAUCUUGGAUGGGUCGUGGCAAUGCAUCUCUAUAAUCCCAGCAGCUCAGGAGGCUGAGACAGGAAGACUGCAAGUUCAAAGCCAGCCUCAACAAUUUUGUAAGGCCCUAAGCAGCUAAGUGAGACCCUGUCUCUAAAUAAAAAACAAAAAGGUCUGGGAUGUGGCUCAGUGGCUAAGUGCCCCUGUAUUCAAUUCCUGGGACCAAAAAGAAAAAAAAAAGAGAGUUAUCUCAGGCAUUGUGUUCCAGCAAUGGAAAGCUGCUGAACACAUCAUGCCAGGAAGGAGCUGUGAACGUAGGCUUUUGUGAACACUUGGUAUUUAGGAAAAUAUACACCUGUUGUCUUAUAUAAUGAGGCCCAUCCCUUCAGUGCAUGGCCACAUCUUUACAGGCCAGGGAACUGGCAGCAAAUAUUCUGUCUGCGAACCGGUCCGUGAAUGUGUAAAACCAGAGCUUUCACAAGUGUCAAUAGCCUUUGCUUUUGUGUUGGACUGAUACAUAUAACCAUUGAGCAAGACCCUGAUCAAGGACCAAGUUGUAGAGGCAGGGGACCUUCUUCCCAUCUCAGAAGAGAUGUGUUUUUCAUAAAUACUCAAGUAACAGAUCACCUGUGGUGAGCCGUGUUUGUAGACCGUUGCCGCCAUUAGAAGAUGGCGCCGGUCUCCGUUGUGGAUCUUGGUAAACAACUCCUUAUUAGGAAAAGUUGGUGCGCUGUCCCUCAACACCCUAUGAGAAAACCCCGCGUGGCAGCUUUGGAUUGGACUAGAGUAAGCUUUAUUAGGCUGGGUGUGGGUGUGUGAGAGGAGCGCGCUUGAGAGAAAGCUAGAGUUAAGGCCUGAAUAAACCGCUGAAAGAAGAAUCCUGUGUCGUGUCUUCCUUGCUGGCGAGGGGGUCGCGACAAUUGGUGGCCCGCACCGGGAACCGAAUACCUCUCAAUCCCAGGAUCCAGAACUUUCAGCGGUCAGGGUGGUGCACCGGUAAGUUCCCAGGUAAGUGGGAAUCCGCGGAAAAAUUAGCGGGUCGCUCCUCUGUAAGAAGAGAGAGCGGGGAUUUUUUGGACUUUCGCUUUAUUUCUUUGCUUUCGCUUUCUGCAUUAACGCAAUGGGCGCCUCUGCUUCUAGCCCUAUUCUGUUAGCCCUGGAUGGACUGCUACGAUCUAAAGGUUUAAAAGUUAAACAGAGUACUUUGCAGAUGUUCUUAAAACAAGUAGACCUAGCGGCCCCGUGGUUUGCUUACUCGGGCAGUCUCACGACCCCCAGCUGGGAAAAACUAGGUAAGGAUUUAGAUUUUGCACACGAACAAGGGACCCUCGAAGGUGGGGUGAUUCCUUUAUGGAAGUUAGUAAGGGGUUGUUUAUCUGACAGUAGAUGUCAGGAUGCCCUAACCAAAGGACAGGAGGUUCUUGAACAAUUGCAUGAGGAGAGGUCCGAGGGAGCUGAGAGUAUUAAGAGUGGGGGGAGUGAUAGAGAUGAUAAACGUUCAAGCCAGCCAAAGACUAGACUUUAUCCAGAUUUGACUGAAUUGAAAGCCUUUGAGGAAGACAGUAGUUCAGACAAUGAGGAAGUAUUGGAAUUGCUAUCACGGCAAGCUAGAGAGAAAAGGGGAAAAGGUGAAACUAAAGGGCGAGGUGAUCCCCGUAAGGCUGUCUACACAGAACAGAAGUACCCAGAGACAGAUGUGGGAUAUGAGGAAGAGGGGGAGGAUGCUGUGGAGGUUCCUCCUGACCCUCCACCCUAUCCUAACCCAGGACUCAAUAGGAUGUUUCAUGCGCAAACUUGGAGAAAGAUGAUUGCCAUCUAUGAGUUAACCUUUUUGAAUGGAGUUAGAAUAUUCCAGAAAGUGAUUAGAGGACCACUGACAGCUGCUCCGGUGCAGGAAUCAUGGCCACUGUGCCCAUGCAGGUUUCCAGGCCUCAGCAUCAGCAAAACUCCCAACCACUUGCCCAAGCAGGACCUGUGGGUGCCAAGCAGGACCACCGGCAUCAGUGCUUAUGAAGAGCUCCUGGCCACCCACCCAUGCAGGAAUCCUGGCUGCAGCUUCCAUGCAGGACACCCAGCUGCUGCCCAUGUGCAGAAACUCCGGCCGCCACUCCUGUGUGGACCCCCAUCUACCAAUGGGGGCUGCCCUGGUUGCCUCCAUGUUGAGACACUGCAACCACUGCCAUAG